CAGCCAAUGGCGUCGCUCCGUCGCUCCGUUCCUUCCUGAUUCCGUCCACAUAUCAUCGAGCCCGAGGCGUCACGAGCGCCUUCUCUGCCUGCCUGCCUGCACGAGAGAAAGACAGCACCGUCCUUGCACACAGUUAGGCCCGUAAAGAUCCAGAACCAUGUCCAUCCUGAAGAUUCACGCUCGUGAGAUUUUUGACUCCCGUGGAAACCCCACUGUGGAGGUCGAUCUGUACACCAAGAAAGGUCUUUUCAGAGCUGCAGUGCCCAGCGGAGCCUCCACAGGCGUCUAUGAGGCUCUGGAGCUCCGUGACAAGGACCCAACACGCUACAUGGGCAAAGGGGUCAAAAGAGCAGUUAAAUAUAUAAAUGAAUUCUUGGCCCCUGCACUGUGUAACCAGAGUGUGAACGUACUGGAGCAGAACAAGAUCGACCAGCUGAUGCUGGAUAUGGAUGGCACAGAGAACAAAUCUAAGUUUGGUGCUAAUGCUAUCCUGGGCGUCUCCCUGGCUGUGUGCAAGGCUGGUGCAGCAGAGAAGGGCGUUCCCCUCUACCGCCACAUUGCUGACCUGGCUGGCAACCGUGAAGUCAUCCUCCCUGUCCCUGCUUUCAAUGUCAUCAACGGCGGCUCACAUGCAGGCAACAAGCUGGCCAUGCAGGAGUUCAUGAUCCUGCCUGUGGGAGCCAGCAGCUUCAAGGAGGCCAUGCGUAUUGGUGCUGAGGUCUACCACAACCUGAAGAAUGUCAUCAAGGAGAAAUAUGGCAAGGACGCCACCAAUGUAGGAGACGAGGGAGGCUUCGCCCCCAACAUCCUGGAGAACAAGGAAGCUCUGGAGCUGCUGAAGAAUGCCAUCGCCAAGGCCGGCUACACCGAUAAGAUUGUCAUUGGCAUGGAUGUGGCUGCCUCUGAGUUCUACAAGGCUGGAAAGUACGACCUGGACUUCAAGUCUCCUGACGACCCCAGCCGCUACAUCUCCCCUGACAAACUGGCUGACCUCUACAAGAGCUUUGUCAAAGAUUACCCUGUGGUGUCCAUUGAGGACCCCUUUGACCAGGAUGACUGGGACGCGUGGUCCAAAUUCACAGCCUCCACCAGCAUCCAGGUGGUGGGCGAUGACCUCACAGUCACCAACCCCAAACGCAUCCAGAAGGGUGUGACCGAUAAAGCCUGCAACUGCCUGCUGCUUAAAGUCAACCAGAUCGGCUCCGUCACAGAGUCCCUGCAGGCCUGCCAGCUGGCCCAGAAGAACGGCUGGGGCGUGAUGGUCAGCCAUCGCUCUGGAGAGACAGAGGACACCUUCAUCGCUGACCUGGUGGUCGGUCUCUGCACUGGACAGAUCAAGACAGGUGCACCUUGCCGAUCUGAGCGCUUGGCCAAGUACAACCAGCUGCUCAGGAUUGAAGAGGAGCUCGGCGACAAGGCCCGCUUUGCCGGCCAGAACUUCAGACACCCCAUCUGAGCUGGUCUACCUCCUUGGGCCUCCGUGUGUUCACUGCUCAUAAAUAAUCCCCACACACAUAUACGCCACGCUAGGUUGCCUGCCCUGUCUGGAGAGAAGGUGGAGAGAUUACUGCCGAAAUCCGAGGUCCAAGUCUGUGGUUUGUGGCGUGGAGAGGCUACAGUACGUCCUAGUACAACCACAGCUCAGCUCAUCCUCAAACUAUGCUUAAGCUCCUGAAUAGUGUUGGUCCCUAUGUGUGUGUCCAUGUAAAUGUGUGAGAGGUUUUCGUUUAGCUUCAUGUGAGUUGUAGUGAUUUUUUUUGGUCCUCUGAGUAUUUGAGCUACUGUAAGUGUAGUCCAGCUCUGCCUCGAGCAGUGGUAACAGUACUGUAUGUGCAAUGUGUCGCAUCUGACAAGGUCUUGUGUUGCUGUAAGCGUUGGCAGGAACAUGUAAUAAACAACAUAGUUUGAAACGUU